AUGUCAAAUGAAACAGCGUCUAUGAGAGAAAUACAACACAACCGACAACUCAUUAUACAAGCUCUAAAUAAGAACACAACAAACUUUUCAAACUAUUCUAAGAUAUCUGAGUCAUUGAAAGAAGGAAACUUAAAACUGACAUUAAACCCAAUGACAGAUGAGUUUCUGUUUCAAGACAAUAAGAACCAUACUGUCUGUAUAAAUCCAACAAAAGGAACUUUAAACGAGAAACCUAUAAAUGAACUUCUUUUGAAAACAGAUGUUGACAACAAAGCUGACAAAGAAUAUGUAGACGAUGCAAUAGCAAAAGAAGAAGAAAGAGCUAACAAUGCUUAUGCAACAAAAGAACAUACUCAUCCUGAACUAGCAGACAAAACAUAUGUUGACAAUAAAAUGUCAAGUGAAGUGACAAGAGCUGAAAACGAAUAUUCUAAAAAGACUCAUACACAUUCUAUAUCUGAAAUAACAGACUUACAAGAAACCUUAAACAGGAAAAGUGCCGUUGGACAUACACAUUCUAUAUCUGAAAUAACAGACUUACAAGAAACCUUAAACAGGAAAAGUGACGUUGGACAUACACAUACCAUUGCAAAUAUUACAAACUUACAAGAAACCUUAAACAGGAAAAGUGACGUUGGACAUACACAUACCAUUGCAAAUAUUACAAACUUACAAGAAACCUUAAACAGGAAAAGUGACGUUGGACAUACACAUACCAUUGCAAAUAUUACAAACUUACAAGAAACCUUAAACAGGAAAAGUGCCGUUGGACAUACACAUACAUCUUCUGAAAUAACAGACUUAAACGUUAGCCUUGAAAAGAAAGCAGAUAAAACAUAUGUCAAUGAAAUAUACCAAA